UUAUACUGUUUUUCUCUCUCCACUUUUUUUUUUGUUUGUUUGUUUUUUUUUUUCUCUCUUAUCGCUCUGUUUUCUGGACUUUCCAGGCGAGUUCUCUUUUCAAAACCCUAAAUUCUCAUUCCCAAAUUAUCUCCAACCGUUUCAUUGCUUAAAUCAUCAACAUGUAUAUAUAUAUUUUUUAAAGAUUCAUACGAGUAAAAUUUCAUAUAUUUUUUUUUUCACAAUUUUUAUUAUUAUUUAAUUUGUGAUUAUUAAGGAAUUAGAAAUACUAAUUAUUGUUGUUAAUUUGCAACUAGACCCGUAAAUUUUUUUUAUAAUAUUUUUCUGGGUUUCAAUCAAAGUUAGAAAAAAAAGGAAAUUAUUUAAAGUAUUUUGGUUUUUUUUCGGUGUUUUGUUUCCUGGGAAAACACAAAGAAGGGGAAAUUUGUUUGAGGCAAAUUUUGUUUUGGGGUGACUGUGAUUUGGCUGGUUUUGGAGAGGUUAAAGACACGGUGACACUUGUGACCUUAGCGGUGUAAAAAUUGUGAAUUUUUUUUAUUAAUUAAGUUUUGUUUUGGUUUUUGAGGGUGAUGAUUGAAUUUAAGGGUGAAUUUGGAGAAUCAUUGGUGACCCUUUUCUUGUUGUGGUUGUGGAUAGCUGUUAUUUUCAUCUCUUUAGUUUUUGGGAUGAGUAGGAAUGGUGGUCAGAAACAAGGACGCCUUCUUCGUGGAGGUGUUGCAGCCGCAGAUAGUAGUGGCAGAGCCAACAGCAAUGGCUUUAUUCCCAGCUCCUUUCGUACUCUCUCUGGUUACAUGAAGACUGUUUCAUCUGGUGCUUCUAUUGUUGCUCGGUCUGCAGCCGCCUCUUUUGCAUCGUCCAUUUUGGAUAAGGAUGGUGGUGCUGAUCCUAAUCAGGUUAUUUGGGCUGGGUUUGACUCGAUAGAGGGCCAGGGAAAAGUCAUUCGAAAAGUACUUCUUCUAGGCUAUUCAUCUGGCUUCCAUGUUUGGGAUGUUGAUGAUUCAAAUAAUGUCUGUGAUCUAGCUUCCAGACAUGAUGGUCCUGUUUCUUUUAUGCAAAUGGUUCCAAGUCCAAUUGUAUCAAAGACACCAGAGGACAAGUUUGCAAACAGGCGUCCUUUGUUGGUAGUUUGUACAGACAGUUUCUUGGCUGAUGGAGGCAAAAUACAAGAUGGGUUGGUUGCCACUUGCAAUGGGGGUGCAUUAAACUGCCAUGACCAAGUAAAGGGAAACUGUCUGCCAACUACUGUUCAAUUUUAUUCUAUGAGGUCUCAAUCGUAUGCUCAUGUACUAAAGUUUAGAUCAGUUGUUUAUUCUAUAAGAUGUAGUUCUCGAAUAGUUGCUGUUUCUCAAGCCACUCAGAUACACUGUUUUUCUGCAACAACUUUAGAGAGAGAGUAUACUUUACUCACCAAUCCUAUAGUCAUGGGUGGUAUUGGUUCUGGAGGCAUUGGCUUUGGACCACUUGCAGUGGGUCCUAGAUGGCUGGCCUACAGUGGAAGCCCAGCUGCAACAGCCCCUUCUGGGCGUGUCAGCCCACAGCAUUUGACACCUUCUGCAAGCUUUCCUUGUUUUUCUUCAAAUGGGAGCUUGGUUGCACACUAUGCUAAAGAGUCUAGCAAGCAUCUUGCUGCUGGGAUUGUGACCCUUGGUGAUAUGGGGUAUAAGAAACUUUCCAGAUACUGCUCAGAACUUCGCCCAGAUAGCACUGGUUCUAUACAAUCUGCAAAUUCUAGCCCAAAAGGAAAUCGAAUGAUUAGCCAUUCAACAGAUGUGGAUAACAUUGGGAUGGUCAUUGUAAGAGAUAUAGUCAGUAAAAAUGUCAUUGCCCAAUUCCGGGCCCACAAGAGUCCUAUUUCAGCUUUAUGCUUUGAUCCUAGUGGUACCAUAUUAGUGACGGCUUCUGUUCAGGGGCAUAACAUUAAUGUUUUUAAGAUAAUGCCUGGAUAUGAGAGAGUGUCAACAUCUGAUGCUGGCCCAUCUUAUGUUCAUCUUUACAGGCUGCAACGUGGUUUUACAAAUGCAGUUAUUCAAGAUAUCAGUUUUAGUGUUGAUAGCAAGUGGAUUAUGAUUAGUUCCUCAAGGGGAACUAGCCAUCUAUUCGCUAUAAAUCUUCAAGGAGGGCCUGUAAAUAUUUUGUCAUAUGACAAUAGCUUAACUGAAAAUAAUGAUGGAUUGGGUGUUAUGUCUAAUCAAGCGGUUCGUUGGCCUCAUAGUUCAUCUUUAAAAAUUUGUAAACCGCAGAGCCUUUGUGCUGUGGGUCCUCCAAUAACACUUUCUGUUGUAAGCAGAAUUAGGAAUGGAUCUAAUGGCUGGAGAAGCACAGUAACUGGUGCUGCUGCAGCUGCAACAAGUAGGAUGAGUUCCCUUUCUGGGGCUAUUGCUUCAUCUUUUUGUAACUUUGAAGGCAGCAGUAGCUUUUAUGUUAAUGGGAACUAUUCCAAGGAAAAGUAUCAUCUGUUGGUCUUUUCACCUACUGGUUCUAUGAUACAAUAUGCUCUGCAGACAAUUAGCAGUCAAGAUUCAGUUGUUGUUUCUGGAUUAACACCUGCAUAUGAAUCCGUCCCACUGACUGAUGCAAGAGUAGUAGUUGAGCCGAUCCAGAAAUGGAGUAUAAGUCGGAGACAUAGUUGGAGAGAGGGAGAAGAUAAUAUUGAUAUAUAUGGUGAGAAGGAAGCUUCAGACAGCAAUAAUGUAUAUUCAAAGGAAGUGAACGAGGAUAGUAUCAUUGGCCCAAAAAUCAAUGACAUAUCCCAGAAAUUGAAUUCCUAUUCUGAGAAAGAAUGUCGCUUGUAUAUUUCAGAAGCUGAACUACAAAUGCAUGAAGCUAAGAUUCCAUUGUGGUCAAAGACUGAGAUAUAUUUUCACUCGAUGGGUAAAGAGGCUACUUUGAUGGCGGAUGAACAAGUCUCUUCCAGAGGGGAAUUUGAGAUCGAAAAGAUUCCAACUCAUGUGAUAGAAGUUAGGUCAAAAGACUUGGUUCCAAUUUUUGACUAUAUGCAAACCCCAAAAUUUCAACCAUUAAGGACUCUUGCUGUGGAUAACAGAAAUGAACAACUUUUGCAUCAAAGUUAUAAGUUGUUUGAAAAGGGAAGAGUUUCACCCAGGAGUUUUUUGGAAUCUCCUGAUUGUAUUAUGACUAAUUCUAGUGGAACUAUUGCUGAAACUGGGAUUCAAGGAAAUGAGUGGAACGAUCAUUUGAUUCCGGUAGAAACAAAGGGAUUUGUAAAUAAAGAUAACACCCUUAAACCAAAUACUAGGCCAAAGAUUGUAAAUAAUAGAAUUGAGUACUUCAACAUGGAUGAUCGACAUAUGUUUGUAUACGGUGACAGUAGAGGCCUGAAUCUGGAGAAUGACUGUGAAGAAAAAAGAGAUGAAUUUGAUUGAAGGUAUGAAAUAUUCUUUCAUUUCACACUAAUGGCUUUGUUAACUUGGUCAAUUAUUGUGGAAGAGGUAGAGAAGUUUGAGGUUUAGGGGCUUGACUGCUGUGCCAAAAUGUGGAUAUUACUUUGAGAUUCUUCUGUUGACCCUGUAAAUAACAGACAUUGCAUAUCAAUAAUUAGUUGUGAUGGAUUUAUUCUUUUAAAUUGAACUGAUGUGUAAAGUGAGAAAGGAUGCAUGCUUAUUCUAUCACUUUACACUACUCAAUUUAGAGGUUUCAAAUUCAGUUGUAAUUUAUGGUAUUGAUGUAAAUAAUAGAAUCGACUUGUAUCUUA